CGACGUGACCAUCAUUCCACCUGAAUGUGUUUUGCUAGUCCGUCAUGACAUGGCAUAUAUAGUUGCUUCUCCCACUCAUUGACUUUGACCUAAAGCAUCUCUCCUCAUACCGGGCCAUAUACCUUCAUCAUGGCCGCUCUACUUUCUCUCUCUGCAUUGGCAUUGCUCGGAGCUGGUGCUUCUGCCCAGACCUUCACAGGAACCUCUCAAGGUGGUUUCCCUGACUGUGUCAAUGGCCCUCUCUCGAACAACACAGUCUGUGACAAGUCUGCAGACCCAAUCGCAAGAGCUAGAGCCUUGGUCUCUGCCUUCACUGUUGCUGAGAAGCUCAAUCUUACUGGAAAUAACAGCCCUGGAGUGCCCAGACUUGGUCUGCCAAUCUACCAAUGGUGGCAAGAGGCUCUCCACGGUGUCGCCGAAUCUCCUGGUGUCACCUUCAAUGCCAGCGGAGACUUCCGCUAUGCGACGUCCUUCCCGCAGCCCAUCUUGAUGGGUGCCGCUUUCGACGACGAGCUCAUCACUGCUGUUGCUGAGGUCGUCAGUACCGAAGCCAGAGCAUUCAACAACUAUGGACGUGCUGGUCUCGACUUCUGGACUCCUAAUAUCAACCCUUACAGAGACCCUCGCUGGGGCAGAGGUCAGGAGACUCCUGGUGAAGAUCCUUACCAUCUGUCUUCCUACGUCCACGCUCUCAUUUUGGGUCUCCAGGGCGGCGAGGACCCCGAGAUCAGGAAGAUUACUGCUACUUGCAAGCAUUUCGCUGGUUACGACAUCGAGUCAUGGAAUGGUAACCUUCGUUACCAGAAUGAUGUUCAGAUCUCUCAGCGCGAUCUUGUAGAGUACUACCUUCCUUCUUUCCGCUCAUGUGCCAGAGAUUCCAAUGUUGGAGCUUUCAUGUGCACAUACAGCGCUCUGAACGGUGUCCCAACUUGUGCCGACCCUUGGCUUCUGAAUGAUGUUCUUCGUGAGCACUGGGGAUGGACCAACGAAGAGCAGUGGGUCACCAGUGACUGCGACUCUAUUCAAAACAUCUUCCUUCCCCACAACUUCAGCGACACUCGCCAAGGUGCUGCUGCUGCUGCUCUCAACGCUGGUACCGAUCUUGAUUGCGGUACCUACUACCAACACCAUCUUCCCAAGGCUUACAGCGAGGGUUUGAUCAACCAGACCACUGUCGACCAGGCUCUUCUUCGUCUCUACACCUCGCUAGUCCGCACUGGCUACUUCGAUGGUCCCGACGCUAUGUACAGAAACUUGACCUUCUCUGAUGUCAGCACUCCCUAUGCUCAGCAACUCGCCCUCACUGCUGCUGAGGAAGGUAUUGUCCUUCUUAAGAACGACGGUCUUCUUCCUCUCACUGUCACCAACAGCACUAAGAUUGCGGUCAUUGGCGACUGGGCCAACGCUACUCAGCAGAUGAUUGGUAACUACUUCGGUGUUCCUCCAUACCUUCACAGCCCUUUGUAUGCUGCUCAGCAAUCUGGUGCUCAAGUCUUCUAUGCUGGCGGACCUGGCGGACAAGGUGAUCCCACCACUGACCACUGGCUUCCCGUGUGGACUGCUGCCGACAACGCCGAUGUCAUCAUUUAUGCUGGUGGUGUUGAUGACAGUGUUGAGGCUGAGGGCAUGGACCGUGAGACUAUCAAUUGGACUGGUGCUCAACUUGAUGUCAUUGGUGAGCUCGCCUCAUACGGCAAACCUACAAUUGUCAUCCAGAUGGGUGGUCAGCUCGACAACGCUCCUCACGUCAACAACCCCAACAUCUCUGCUCUUCUCUGGGGUGGAUACCCUGGUCAGGAUGGUGGUGUUGCCCUUCUGAACAUUAUCACUGGAAAGACCGCACCUGCUGGUCGUCUUCCUGUUACCCAGUACCCUGCUCACUACGUUUCUGACAUUCCCAUGACCGAUAUGACUCUGCGUCCCAACGAGACCACUGGCUCUCCUGGUAGAACUUACAAGUGGUACAACGGUACUGCCGUUUUCGAGUUUGGCUACGGCAUGCACUACACCAAUUUCUCGGCCAACAUUUCUCCUAUGGCUGCUUCCAGCUACGACAUCUCCGCCUUGACUGCCAACUGCAACGAGACCUACAAGGAUCGUUGCGCCUUUGAGAGCAUCUCUGUGAAUGUUCAAAAUACUGGUAAAGUCAGCUCUGACUACGUUGCCCUCGGUUUCCUGGCCGGUCAGUUCGGACCUUCUCCUUACCCCAAAAAGUCUCUCGUUAGCUACCAGCGUCUCCACGACAUUGCUGGCGGUGCAUCUCAGACCGCUACCUUGAACCUGACUCUUGGUUCGCUGUCUCGUAUUGACGACCACGGUAACACUUAUCUCUACCCUGGCGACUAUGCUCUGAUGAUCGACACUAUGCCCGAGUUGACAAUGGUCAAUUUCACCCUGACUGGCUCUCCUGCUUGUCUUGACGAGUGGCCGCAACCCCCAUCAGGUGGUCCUACUAUUCCUCCUUCUGAGUACUUCUACGGUGGUUACGGAAGUACUGGUGAGUUCCCAGUCAUUGCAACCACUGAGGUCCUCGAGCCAGAGACUUAGGCCAAUGAAUGAUGUAGAACCCUUUUGUGGGCUUUAUGAUAGUGUAUUGCCAAAAUAG